UUGUGACAAAAUGAACGGAAUAUUGCUCUUCGUUUAUAGAUUGACAGAGAACUACAAGAAAUGCAACAGGUUCUGGGCUGGUUAAUCUAACGUGUGGGCAGCAGUUAGCACUAUUUAUUGCAGAAAAUCUUCCGAGACUUUUUGAUUAGUGAAGAAACUCGCAAACAGAAACGCAAAAAAAAAAAAGAUAUACAUACAUACAUAUAUAUAUUUGAUUUAAACGCCUGAUAGUAGCAUUUCUUCAAAUACUGACUGCUUCGAAACAAAUAUCUGAGAAUCAUGAAUCGUUGCAUUAAACUUGGAAUUGCGUUCAUGUUGCUCUACAUCACUUUAGCAAAUUUCACAACGGCAACAAAUUUCGAAAAUUCAGGACUGAGCACCACACUAUCUAAAUAUAAAAAAAUGACGAAAGUUUUACAAAAGCGAAAUGGUGGUCUUCUUGAUCAUGUGCUGAGUGAUCGACAGUUUCUUUCGCCACACCUCCAAAGCAAAAGGAUCAAUUUGGAGACAAGAGAUAACGGCUUUGCGAAUGCAGAAGACGAUGGCAACAAAAGACGUGGUGCAUGGUAUUAUGAUUAUGGCCUCGGAGGUGGACGCUUUGGAAAACGAGAUUAUGACGAAUAUGGCCUUGGGGGAGGAAGAUUUGGUCGAGAUGUUGAUCAUGUGGAUAUGUCAGACGCUUAAGCUACAACAAGAUGUUUCAAAAGAUAAACUAAAUAAAAUUUCCAGAUUCAAGCUAACAAAAUUGUAAUUUUUUUGUCUUAUAUAUUAUGGAAACAAAAUGAAAUUGCAAAACUCAGUUUUAUAAAUGUUGGUAUUCAUUUAGGCAGUUGGGAAGAAUAUUAAUUGCCUAAUUAAGAAGGAAAUCAUAGCAGUAAAAGAACACACUUUAUUGAAAUAUUAAAGUUUUAGUUUUGGAGUUUAAUAAAUUCAGAGAGAAGGAUAAUAAAACGAAA